UACUGCUUACUCUGUACCUACCUGACCUAGGUUCUGGAAGAUCGACGGGCAUUGGAAUGUCAAACUGACUGCUUGCCUUGACAGGUGGUCAUGGCCAUGGCGUAUGUCUGAUUCGAUGACCAACCGUUCUUUGCCUGCCAACUCUCUCCCUUCGCAACCUGACCUCUGCGGCAGCUCCUUUCUUGCCGGCGCGCUUCCACUGUCGUUCUCCCUUUCGCAGUCGCAGCUUCGGCUGAUCGCUUCCCUCGGGGCCGGGCUGCUGGUCGGCAGCUGCUUGAUCGUCAUUCUGCCAGAAGGGAUCGAAGCGAUUGCAGCUGCUGCGCCACAUGGGCCACAGCCCCCGCGGCUCAACGCCCGGGCUGCGGGCAGGAGAGACGAUGAGCCCUCAAAACAGCAGCCCGAACUCCCAGCGUUCUCCAUCGGCUUCGGUCUGGUCAUCGGCUUUACCCUGAUGUUUCUUCUCGACCGAUUGCCCCGUCAUGCGACCGAGAAGUUUCAGACAGCACCGACGAGCAGGCAUGUCAGCUUGGAGAAUCUGGCGGGCUCGAGCGCAUCCGGAGAGGAGGAAACCGACGGCUUUCUGGGCUCCUUGGCGCCAUCGCCGCGGCAAACGCGCAGCCUAGCUACCACCACGGGCCUCGUUAUUCACGCAGCAGCUGACGGUAUUGCAAUGGGGGCGUCGGCUACAACGCCCAACUUGAACGUCGGGCUUAUCAUUUUCCUGGCUAUCCUCGUGCACAAGGCCCCUGCUGCGUUUGGCCUGACGUCUAUCUUGUUGAAGCAAGGACUCUCCAAGCGGGCUACGCGUGUUCACCUCAUGGUGUUCAGCUUGGCAGCUCCUGCCGGCGCUUUGGCAACGUAUUCCAUCGUUGCCCUGAUCGGGGGGGAGAACAUGGAAGGCGAGUCGGCUCAGUGGUGGACGGGCAUGCUCCUUCUUUUCAGUGCCGGGACCUUUUUGUAAGUGAUCUUUCACGACCAACUUGCCUCAGCGCAUCGUGCUAAAAACUCGC